AGAUUUUGAACUAUAAUAUACUACAUCUGGUAUGCGGGGCAACUGAGUUCGCUCGAGCAUUUUGUUCGCUCUCAUUGAGUCAGCUUUUUACUGUACUCUAUUAAUAGGCAGAAUGACCCCUCGAACAAAAGGGUGAGUUUGUGUUGGUGCCUCCAACAAGCCUAAGCCACGACUGUGCAUUCACUGAAAAAAAAAAAAGGUACAAAAACAGCAGCAGGCUUUUCUGCUAACCUGACUAGUUGGUUCUUUGUGCACUGGCAUCUCCGACCUCCUCUGGUUCACCAGCAGACCCAACUUACACGUAAAGGAUCGGCGGUCAUUGAAAAGGCUCAUUAUGGAAGGCGCCAGAGGACACAUUUUGCAGCUAAUGGUGAUGGGCGUUUUGCUGGGAGCAACCGUGCCGCGACACAGGGCCAUCCAGACCCCCGACUAUGAUGACACCUCCACGCCUGAGAUCCUGAACCCUUCCUGGAUGGCCACCAUCCCUGACAUCUACUCCCUGUCAGAUGUGACGAUGCCCGGGACGCACAACACCAUGGCGCUGUACGGAGGCACGCUGGCCGAAUGCAACUCCUGGUCCCUCGCCCUCCAGCUUCGAGCCGGAAUCCGUUUCCUGGAUAUCCGUGUUCGCCACGCCAAAGGCAACUUGACCGUCCACCACGGCAUCUCCUAUCAGUACGCUCACUUUGGGGACGUGCUGAUGGACGUGGUGGCUUUCCUAAGGGAGUAUCCUUCGGAAACGGUGUUGAUGAGGCUGAAAGAGGAGUUGAGCGACACUCAGGAUAUUUACAACGCAGUGGUGCGAUAUGUUAAUGAGUACGCACACUGGGACCUGCUGUGGCACGAUCGCGAGAUGCCCAGCGUGGGAGCUGCGAGAGGAAAGCUGAUCAUACUGCAAGACUUCACCGGCCCUGACCUGGGAAUACGCUACAACUCCCUGGACAUAGCAGAUGACUGGAAAGUGUCCUCUCUGCAGCCGGAGGAAGUGGAGAAGAAAUGGAGAAGUGUCUCCACUCAUCUGGAGGCGGCUGCGCUUGGUAACAAAAACCGAAUGUUCCUCACCUACAGCAGCGGUGCCAGUAUCCUGGCGCAUCCCAAUGCCUUGGCCCGGCUAAUAAACCCCCGCCUGCAUGCAUAUCUGACAGGCUAUGUCGAUCUGAGGAAGCGCUUUGGUAUUGUAGCAAUGGACUUUCCUGGUGCCAAGUUAGUGCAAACCAUUAUAGGCUUCAAUUAUUGAGAAACAACGGCCGGACGUCAGGACCAAUACACCAGCAGCUCACCAAAAUACUUCAUUAAUUGACACAAAUCUCAGGUAUAACUGACUCAAAUUACCCAUACCCUUGCAAUUUCCAUAACUGUGACAGAAAAAGUUUGAGCUUGCUGGCAAAUUUUACAUUAUCUGACUAAAUAAAGCAGUUCGACAAAUUUCUGUCAUAACACCAUGUCAUGACAAAAUUUGAAAUAAAAUGCU